AUGUCUUUACUUAAUGCGCAAUCGGGUUUUCAUUCCAAUUUUACAAAUGAAGAAUGCUCAAGAGAUGACGAGGAAGCUGAAGAAGUAUAUAUGGCUAUAAACUGUUAUGGAGGAGUUUGUGGUAUUGCAUUUUCUUCUCCAAACGGUAUUUUGAAAUGUGUUCCAGAUUUUCAAUUUAAUCAAGAAUUCACCGAGGUUUUCACAAUCAUUCUUGAAGUAAAUCCAUAUCUCAUUCUUGGUACUGAGUAUACAAUAGGAAGUUUAAAGGACUUUACAUCAACGCAUGGAUAUUAUGACUCUUGCCUGCAACGUCUGCAUCUUAUCAAACUUCCAUAUGCGCCUACAUUUGUGGACGAAGGGGAAAGUGCAGCUUAUAUCAUGUCUAUUCUACCUAAAGAUUCUCCACAGAUGAUUAGAGCUGCUGGUGCUCUUCUUGAUUAUUUGGCUAAAAGAACUUCACCAGUUGAAAAUUUCCCUUUUCCGAGUGUUGGCAAUGUUCUUGAUGUACAACUCUACUUAAGGCAAGAAUUAUCGAACUUUAAAAGCCCUGAUUAUCUAAAUACAUGCUCUUCAAAUUUGGGAAGCCGACUUCUUUCUAAGUGGUUGAGGUUCCCGCUUCAAGACAUGGAAGAAUUACAUCGUCGUCAGCAUGCGAUUGAAUUUCUUUCGAAAUCUGCGAACAGGAGUCUUCAUAAAACUCUAAUUAGCUCAACAAAACGCGUUGGGAAUAUCCAGCGCGUUCUUGGCAAGAUGCAUACUUCAUCAGCUUCACCGAAUGACUGGAAAAUUCUACUACAAACUUUGCAAUCUUUGAAGGAAAUUCUAAGUGUCUGUUAUCCCCAUCCUGAAUUAGGCACACCUUUUGAAACCCCGGAAAGUGUUCAGUCUCCGCAGCAAGUAAUUAAUUCUCUACUGGACAAGGUUGCUGAGACCAUUGAUAUGUCCUCAACAUCAAAUCAUAAGCGUUUCAUUGUUAGACAGGGACACCAUGCUUGGCUAGAUGAGUGGAAACAGAUCUACCGAUGCCUACCGGACAUACUCAGUCGACUAGCCGAACAUGAACUGAAUCGUCUACGUGGACAUGUGGAUGCUUGUGGACUGAUUUAUUUUCCUCUUGUAAGUUCAAGUUCUUGA